CAACCAUCGAAGACUCCAUCCAACCGAUUCGAUUCGACCAGAAUGAGCUCAUCUUCUCAUUCAACGCGACCCAAAGUAAAAGGCUGCUAUCAGUGCUCGCGACGUCGGAUCGACUGUGAUCGCCAACAGCCAACAUGCCAAAAAUGUCAACUCAAAGGCCUCCACUGCAGUGGACUGGGAGUCAGAUAUCGUUUUAAUGAUGGCGUAGCAUCGCGAGGGAAGCUGGUUGGGAAACAGUUGCCAGAUGUGCUUUCAUAUCGACGGACUGCUUUUAGGCCUCCGCUGGACCAGCCUCCCCAUGCCGAAGAAUCAUCCAAAACAGGGGCCGACGAUGGGGAUACACCAGAGGCAAUCCAGCCUUGCCUUAGCCAUAUUGAUGGAACUACGCAAUAUUUGCUUCAAUAUUUUUCCGAUAAUAUCGCCCCCAUGACCACAGUCAUCGAUAGGGGAUUCAACGGAUAUCGAGAUUUGAUUGUUCCACUAGGAGAAACAGAUCCACUGGUGAGAAAAGCCAUCGUGGUGGUCUCUAGACAGCAUCUCUCGUUACGAUUUGGAGCCGAAAUGACAGCAGACAUCACCACCUACGGGGAUCUCAUUCGGGAUUUGAUUAUACGGUCUAAGUCGUGUUCUCUAAGGGAAGAUAUGUCAAGUAUGACUGCGUUACUUCUUCUACAUGUUCGUGAGAUGGUUAGUGGAAGUGGCGAUUUUAAGCUCGUGUAUGGGUCAUUGAGGGCGUUGGUUAAUGCCACUGGACAACAUCAUGGAAAUGCCUCCUCACAGCUGAUGGAGUAUGUGAAUAUACAAAUUCUCAGGGUUCGUCUCUUUGCUGAAGCACUCUUUGAUGAGACACAUGGCGCCGAGUACCUCUCCAUCCAUGGCGAGACAUCACUUGAAUUCCUCCGCUUCUGUCGACGUCUCCACCCUGAACACGAAGAGCUGAUGACCCAUCUAUUCAAUCUUAUCACCUUGGCUCGUGACAUCUAUAUACGGCGGGCUUUGCACAACCCGCCCCCGCAGCAGACAAUUCCCCUUGUUGAACGUUUCCGACAAGUCACUGAGAAGGUCAAGCGAUAUGGCGAUGUAAUAGGACAACAUCUUCUCGCUUGGGCGUAUUUUGUAGUCGCCGCUGAAUCCUCCACACAGGAUCACCGGAAUUUCUUCGAGGGAGAAUUACAAUCACUAUACCGUGCUACGGGAUGCCGGAGUGUUCUCAGAGGCAUGGAGCAGCUGGAGAGGAUUUGGACUGCGCAGCCAACUACACGAUGGACCAGUUUAUUAGGCGGUUCAAAUCAGGUUUUCAUUAUGUAGCGGUUGAGCUACUGAUAUUCCUUGAAGACAGCAUUGACGACCGUCUCUAGCCUCUCCACAAUUAGCUCAAUCUCUUCUUGGGUGAUGUUAUAUGCUGGUGCAAGA